UUUGUGUCCGCAACUGUACUUAGUACUUAGCUCAGGCUCCAAAGCAGUAUGGAUCGGAACCCGUCAUCCGGAUUCCGGUGCACUGACGGGCUGCUGUUUGUUAUCUCUUUCGUCCAUACUCCAUAGGAAUGUCAGACCGCCCCUUGCUCGGUGCAGGCAACAGUUCCGAGUCCCACUAUGGCGCCUCUGACAGAAGCAGUGAUAGUCCGGCGCUUCCUCAGGAAUACGGUGAACACAACAGACAGAUAGUGGAGAAGAGGCUUCUCCGCAAGUUAGACCUUCGAGUCGCCUUCCUAAUUCUGAUGUACAUUAUGAGCUGUAUGGACCGCUUUAAUGCAGCUGCUGCAAGGCUGCGUGGUUUUGAGGAGGACCUUGGUAUGACGGGGAAUCAGUUUAACACCGUCAUGAGCAUAUUUUACGUGGGGUAUUUGUUGACGCAAACUCCUUCCAACAUGUUCUUGAGUUGCAUGACAAGGCCAUCACUAUACCUCUCAAACUGUAUGGCAAUAUGCGGUGCUAUCACGCUGUUUAUUGGCAUAGCGCAAACGUAUCAUGCCAUUCUUAUCUCGCGCUUCAUGCUUGGAUUUGUUGAGGCGACGUUCUUUCCUGGAGCUAUUUUCCUUCUUUCACGAUGGUACAAGCGCAAUGAACUAGGGUUUCGCACAGCAGUUCUUGCUUGUGGUAGUUCGAUCAGUAAUGCUUUCAGUGCUCUUACAGCGUCGGGAAUUUUGGUAAACCUAGAUGGCACACUAGGUUUUACGGGUUGGAGAUGGCUCUUCUUUGUCGAGGGGGCUUUGACAAUUGUGGUUGCAGUGUCUGCAAUUUGGAUUUUGCCAGACUUUCCGUCAUCGCCGAGUGAUUGGCUUUCACCUGAUGAACUGACCGUGGCCGAAGGACGCAUGGAGGAAGUUGCAGUCAGAAAUGAGCACAAAGGUUGGUCUGGCCUUUAUGAAGCACUUACAGAUUGGAGGGUAUGGUGGCUUGGUGCUGCUAAUAUUUUGAUGGAGGCGUCUUUAUCGUUCCGCAUUUUUUUCCCGACACUAUCUGCUACAAUGGGUUACAACUCGACUAUCACGCUCUUGCUUUGUGCACCUCCGUGGAUUUUGGGAACUGCAACGUUGUUCCUUGUGGCUAGGCACUCCGAUGCUACUGGUGAUCGUUUCUGGCAUACCGCUGGUCCUCUAUUUAUCGCCAUUGUGGGGUUCAUGGUGGCAAUUUCUACUAUGAAUGCGGGCGUUCGAUAUCUGUCCUUAUUCUUGAUGGCUCAGGCCCCAGUUGCACAUAUGGUAUUUUUAACCUGGGUCAUGAACACACUUUCCCAAUCGCGGUCGAAAUGCGCUGCCGCUAUUGCAUUAAUCAAUGCCAUGUCAUCACUUGGCUACAUCAGUUCAUCGUACUUUUGGCCGUCCCGUUGGGGGCCUUCAUACGCAAAUUCAUGUGCCCUAUGUAUCUUGACAAGCGCCAUGUCUAUUGUGAUGCUUUGGGUAUUUAGGAGGCACCUUUCACGGUGCAAUGAAGCUGCCGAAGCUGAAGAGAAGGCUAUGGGGCUGCUCAAAGGCUUUAGAUAUCUCUUAUAGCAGUCGUUGAUCAAGGUCCACUAGCAGUGUUCGGUUAAGAUUGUACUAAUAUUGUAUAAAGCUGUAGUAGUAAAAUAGUAAAUAACCACGUCGUACAUAAGGAAGAAUGUCUGCAACCACUCGUCCUGUAUUUGAAUGCCAUCAUUAUACGAGCGGUAUUGUGCGCGGUAAGGAGUACGUAUGAGAGUGACAUAUACAAAACUGAAACGCACCUACUUAUUUAUAUAUAAGCAAGGGAAUCAGAUAGCGGAAGCCGAUGGUCAGCUGAAUGUU